AUGCCUAUCACGGAUGUCCUUGACUCUGAUGGUAGCAAUCUUCAAACAAUUGCCGAUACUUUGGCAAAAGCCAAAAAAGUCGUGAUUGUGACAGGCGCUGGAAUAAGCACCAACAGUGGGAUACCCGACUUUCGAUCAGAGAACGGUCUUUAUUCGUUAAUUCAGGCUCAAUCCAGAUCGCAAAGCAGAAUGAGUGGUCGAGACAUGUUCGAUGCAAGGAUUUGGCAGGACAGUCUGAGCACUGAGGUGUUUUACCGCUUCAUCGCGUCCUUUAGAAAAACAGUCCGUGACGAUAUCGCUCGAACCACAGCAACACAUAGAUUUAUCAAGACAAUGCGAGAUGGUGGUCGCCUCGUCAGAUGUUACACUCAGAAUAUCGAUGGACUGGAGGGCCGAGACGGACUCAAUACCGAUCUCGCUUCUGGAAAAGGCAACAAGGCUCGAUUCAGCAGAAAGGCCAUGCAAAAGCCAAGGCCGGACGGGCCGAUUUUCCCUGGCAGCGAUAUGUAUGGAGGGUGUGAAGUUGUCCAACUGCACGGCGACCUUGAGCUGCUUCGUUGCAGUAUUUGUCAAACGUCACGAGAGUGGGGCUCGGCUGAUGAAGAGCUUAUGCUCUUGCACGGAGAGUCUCCUCCUUGUGAGACCUGCCUCGGAAAGGAUCAGGACCGCCGUUUGAGAGGGAAAAGGGGCUUACCUGUAGGUUUCCUGCGGCCAAAUGUAGUUCUGUAUGGAGAGGAGCAUCCCAACGCAGAUCUUUUAUCGCCUAUCAUCACGCACGACCUCGCGUCAGCACCGGAUGUUCUUCUCAUCCUCGGGACUUCACUCCAGGUCCAUGGUCUUAAGGUCCUGGUAAAGGAAUUCGCAAAAGCGGUCCAUGCUCGGGGAAGAGGAGCCGGGAAAGUCAUCUUUGUAAACAACACCAAGCCUGCUGAAAGUGCCUGGAAUGGAAUCAUUGAUUAUUGGGUCGGAAUGGACUGCGAUACAUGGGUUACAGACAUGCGAAAACGGCGAUCCGAUAUUUGGCUCCGACAAGGCGAGUUGAAGCUACCUGGUACGGCGGUUAAUAAGGCGGGCGGUCCCAGAACACAGCUCGAAAGAGCUAAAGAG